UCUCACUCGAAACACAAUACAAAAAUAGAGAUGAAUUUGAGGAGCUGAGCGAUAAAGCAGAAGACGAAAAAAAUGGCUCCCGUCCCUCUCGGCUGCUCGUUGCCGCCGCAAACGCUAUAUCUUCGCACGCAGCAGCAGCCGCACAAAUUCUCCGACGCCGUGUGUUGCUGCGCUUCAACGGCGUCAACUCCACAGCAAGGCCUCAGCAAAAGUCGAAGCAGCAAUACCGAGAGUACUGUUGUUGCUGGGGUAAGCUUGAAGCCGAUAGUAGUGAACGGCGAUCCGCCGACCUCUGUCUCCGCCCCCGGCCGCCGAAUCAUUGCCGUUGGAGAUUUGCAUGGAGACCUUGAUAAAGCUAGAUAUGCUCUUCAGAUGGCUGGUAUCUUGAGUUCUGAUGGUCAAGAUUUGUGGAUUGGUGGACAAACGGUAUUAGUACAACUUGGAGAUAUACUUGAUAGGGGUGAAGAUGAAAUUGCAAUUUUAUCCCUGUUGAAGUCAUUAAAUAUCCAGGCGAAACUUAAUGGAGGUGCAGUUUUCCAGGUUAACGGAAAUCAUGAAACCAUGAACGUGGAAGGGGAUUUUAGAUAUGUUGAUUCCGGUGGAUUCGAUGAGUGCGCUGACUUCCUUGAACAUUUGGAAAUCUGUGACCAUAACUGGGAAGAAGCAUUUGUUGGUUGGGCUGGUGUAUCUAAAAGAUGGAAAGAGGAUCGUAAGGUGCAGCAAAAUUCUUGGGGUCCAUGGAAUUUGGUGAAGCGACAGAAAGGAGUCAUUGCAAGAUCAGUUCUCCUAAGACCAGGCGGUCCAUUGGCAUCUGAAUUGGCACGGCAUGCAGUUGUUCUGAAAGUCAAUGACUGGAUAUUCUGUCAUGGUGGCCUUCUUCCUCAUCAUGUUGAGUACGGGAUAGAGAGGAUAAAUAGAGAAGUAUCUUAUUGGAUGGAAGGCCUCGGCACAGAAGAUGAUUAUCCACAAAUCCCGUUUAUAGCUACCAGAGGGUAUGACAGUGUCGUAUGGAGUCGUUUAUACUCAAGAGACACAUCGGAUCUGGAAGAUUAUCAGAUCAAUCAGAUCGAAUCUAUUCUCCGGGAGACACUUCAAGCAGUAGGUGCCAAGGCAAUGGUGGUCGGGCAUACUCCACAAGUGACGGGAGUGAAUUGCGAUUUCAACUGUAGUAUUUGGCGCAUUGAUGUCGGGAUGUCUAGUGGAGUUCUUGAUUCAAGGCCUGAGGUUCUCGAAAUACGAGAAGGUAGAGCAAGGGCAAUCAGGAGCAAAAGAGAUGUACAUAGUGAGCUCCAAGUAGUUGAUUAUACAUAAAGAGCGCGCAGUUCAAAGGGCAAUCUAGGUAAUUCAAAUCCCACUUUACUCACAUCACCGAAACAGUUUAUGCAAAAUCGUGUUCCCAUUCUGUUCAUUUCCAUAUUUAUCAAGUCUCCGAUAUGAGACAAAUGAUCUAUGACCAUAUUCAUGGAGAAAUCAGUGAAUCUGUCGGAGCUUCUCUUUGCGCCCGAAACAUUGAGGGGUACUUUAGGGAAUUGCUGGCUUGGCACAACAUAAAGCUUUCCGGAGAAAGACUGGUGGUAUAAAGGCUUCUUUUAUAUGAUCAAGACCCUCUGAAGUUCACAUACAGUAGAAAAGUAUGUACUAAAAACUUGUAUAUCGUUGUUUCCCGAAUAAUCGAAACUUGUAAGUUAAUGUGCAGCAUUGUUUAUAGGGAUUUACUUUUUAGUGUAUACACAUAACAUUAUUUAAAACAUCAUCUUUUUUUCGUGAU